UUCAAAAGUUGCAUCUAUCGACGAAAACUAAGUAAAACUAGCAGUUGUCAUCAAGUCGUUGCAUCAAAUCGUCUCAUGAUACGAAUAUCGAGAGCUUUUAACUUUCUGAAUAGAGCCAUGUCCACGGACGUGCGAGGAGUUAUAUUAUCUGGAGUUGAAUUGGCCAAAGAAAUUCGACAGGGCCUAACCAAAGAUGUGAGCGCCUUAAAAGAAAAAUUACCUGAUUUCGCACCUGGCCUGGCUAUUGUCCAGGUAGGCGCGAGGGAAGAUUCAAACGUCUACAUAAAGAUGAAAAUUAACGCGGCCCGUGAAAUAGGCAUCGAUGUUCAACGUUGUCAACUUCCUAAUACCACAACAGAAACAGAGCUCAUCAACAAAGUUAGCAAACUGAAUAAUGAUCCAAAAGUUCAUGGGAUUAUUGUGCAAAUGCCGCUUGACAGUAUCAAUAAAAUAAAUUCUCAUUUAAUUACCGAUCUAGUUUCACCGGAAAAAGACGUCGAUGGAUUAAAUACUAUUAACGAAGGACGAGUUGCGAUUGGUGAUAUGUCUGGAUUUUUACCAUGCACUCCGAAUGGAUGCAUCGAAUUAAUUAAGAGGAGCGGAGUGGCUAUUGCCGGUGCUCAAGCCGUUGUUUUAGGAAGGAGCAAGAUUGUCGGCACUCCCGUUGCCGAAUUAUUAAAAUGGCAAAAUGCCACUGUAACGGUCUGCCAUUCGAAAACAAAAAAUCUGUCUGAUGUUGUGCGUCAAGCUGAUAUUUUAGUAGUUGGCAUAGGACAACCCGAAAUGGUUAAGGGUGAUUGGAUAAAACCGGGUGCCGUUGUCAUCGAUUGCGGCAUAAACGCUAUACCAGAUCCUACAAAGAAAAGCGGACAACGUUUGGUGGGCGACGUAGCGUAUGGGGAAGCUGCUAAAGUAGCUUCGUACAUUACACCAGUACCAGGCGGCGUUGGGCCAAUGACAGUAGCAAUGUUAAUGAAAAAUACCGUGAUAUCCGCACAAAAAACGGCAGAAAAGCUCCUCAACAUCCAAUGGAACCUGCGUACUCUUAAAAUAAAUCCAGUGAAGCCUGUACCAAGCGACAUCGACAUCUCCAGAAGUCAGGAGCCAAAACCGAUCGCCACAUUAGCCGAAGAAAUUGGACUAAUGUCGAACGAGUUUAGCCCUUACGGCAGCAAAAAGGCCAAAAUUGGUCUCAGCGUGCUGCAACGACUAAAGAAUCAACAGAAUGGAAAGUUUGUCGUGGUAGCGGGCAUCACGCCAACACCGUUUGGCGAAGGAAAGAGCACGACUUCCCUCGGAUUGGUGCAAGCACUAACGGCACACAGGGGCAGAAAUUCUUUCGUUACCCUUAGACAACCUAGCCAAGGACCUACGUUCGGUGUUAAAGGAGGAGCUGCUGGAGGAGGAUACUCACAAGUGAUACCUAUGGAGGAAUUCAAUCUUCAUCUGACCGGAGACAUUCAUGCUGUUACCGCCGCAAAUAAUCUUAUGGCGGCGCAAAUUGAUGCGCGAUACUUCCACGAAUCGACUCAAAGUGACAAAGCCCUGUACGAUCGGCUGGUACCGACUAUUAAGGGUGUCAGAAAGUUUUCGAAAAUUCAGCUGAAACGACUGCAAAAACUUGGCAUCGCGAAAACUGAUCCGAACUCGUUAACGGAAGAAGAACAACGUCGAUUUGCAAGACUUGACAUAGAUCCGAACAACAUCACAUGGACGCGAGCGGUGGAUAUCAAUGAUCGGUUUUUGCGGAAAAUCACGAUUGGUCAGAGUCCAACUGAAAAGGGCAAAACAAGAGAAACCUCGUUCUGCAUUUCCGUUGGGUCUGAAAUAAUGGCAAUCCUAGCAUUAGCAACCAAUGUCGAAGAUAUGAAGAGACGACUUGGUAAUAUCGUUGUCGGAUUUAGCAAGAGCGGCGAGCCUUUAACUGCUGAAGAUUUUGGUAUGACGGGAGCAAUGGCGAUUCUGCUAAAAGAUGCUAUAGAACCGACACUUAUGCAAUCAUUGGAGGGCACACCGGUAAUGGUACACGCUGGACCAUUCGCUAAUAUAGCCCACGGUUGUUCAUCCAUUAUCGCGGACGCUAUUGCCCUAAAAUUGGUCGGACCACAAGGUAUUGUAGUGACAGAAGCCGGAUUCGGAUCAGAUAUAGGUAUGGAAAAAUUCUUCGACAUUAAAUGUCGUACUUCCGGACACGUACCGAAUGCUGUCGUACUCGUGGCAACUAUCAGAGCACUGAAGAUGCACGGGGGUGGACCGCCAGUAACAACUGGGGCACCGCUAAAGAAAGAGUAUGUCGAAGAAAAUGUCGAACUUGUUAGGAAAGGUCUACCAAAUCUGCAGAAGCAUAUCAGCAAUGGUCUGAAGUAUGGUGUGCCCGUAGUUGUUGCUAUCAAUUCUCACAGUACCGAUACACAAGCGGAACUAAAUCUUGUUAAACAAGCAGCGUUAGAAAGCGGUGCAGCUGAUGCAGUAAUAUGCACUCAUUGGGCCGAUGGUGGGGCUGGUGCUGCAGCUCUUGCAGAUGCAGUGAUAGCAGCGACCGAAAAAAAUAGUAAUUUCAAAGUAUUGUACGAUCUCGAGGAUAGUAUCGAAGAAAAAAUUAAUAAGAUCGCUAAAGAGAUAUAUGGUGCUGGCCAAGUUGUUCUCGCAGAAAAGGUGCAAAAAAAGAUCGAAAACUAUAACAAAUUAGGAUACAACAAAUUCCCAAUAUGUAUGGCAAAAACAUCAAAUUCAUUAACUGGAGAUCCAGCUAUUAAGGGUGCACCAACCGGUUUUACCCUCGAUAUUACAGAUAUAUUCGCUUCGGUUGGCGCCGGAUUUGUUAUUCCCAUGGUGGGAGAGAUUAUGAUGAUGCCUGGACUUUCGACUAGGCCAAGUAUCUAUGAUAUGGAUUGGAACAGUGAAACGGAUGAAAUAGAAGGCCUGUUUUAAAUUCAAUGUGUAUUUUUCAAUGAAAGAAACAAUUUCACGAUGUGUGAUAUGUACAAAUAAUACCUCAGCAAGUUUAUAUGUCAAUGUAUAACGUAUAAUCAUAAUAAAUUUUUGUAUUCAAGAAA